CGACCCUCACUCUUCCACCCACUGCACGACAGACAGGCGCACAUCGCAACGCCAACAACGUUGCCACAACCUGAUAUUCAAGAGGUUGCUGUCCCCAACAAUUUUCGAUUCUAACGAUGGCGUCUGGCUACGGCCUGACUGGAGGCGUCUCUCGAUGCUUUCCUUUCUGGCAAGAGUACAUGUCUUGCUAUGUCAUCAACCAACACGACCCUGAAGCCAGAGCGAAAGGUGUCUGCGCCCCACGAUUAGAAGACUACUACGAAUGCCUGCACCACAAGAAAGAGUAUGCGAGAACGGUGGCGAUACAGAAGGCAUUGCGAAAAGCAGAAGCAGCACACCCCCGCGAGAACGCGCCGAAGCUGGGCCAAAUACGAAGUUUGGGUCUGAUAGGCAAGGAAGAGGAGACUAAGUCGAUGCUGGGCACGACACCGGGGACGUAUUCCUGAAAACAGAUGAAGUGGGCAAAAGAUUGGAGUGUUUAUGUGCAAACAGUCCCGCGGGAAGCCUUUUUACAACAUUGUACAUAUCAUCAUGCUCCCACGGAAUAACCUCCUUUGAGCCGACGGGCGGCGCGUCAAAUGCAUCUGGUCCAAAUUAAUCUCAUAGACCACUCUCUAAAUGGGAAGCUGUCGCAUCGAUCUGCAAGAUUCUCGCCCAAGCCUGAGGAUGAUAAUUAGGUAUCCUCAGGCAGUUGGGGGGAGCUCAUCUCCAGAAAGCAAGGCUGAACUGUCCUUUGCCCAGACAAGCAAUGCUUGAAGUUGUUGAGAUUUUUGAUCCCAAAG